AUGUCGAAGGAUCCGGCGUCGGCAUCGAGCUCCUCAGCGGCAGCGUCCCAGCACGCGUCCUACAGCGCAGCGCAGUACUUUCCGGUGCCGUUCCACCUGCAGAAGGCCGAUCACCCGGCGACUUCCCAACCCCAGGCCCUGUCGCAGCAGUAUCCGAAGCCCUAUAUCCCACCGCCACAGGGGCCGCUGCCGCCAGUCAAGGUCCCGGCGGCAGCACCCGUCUACGGUGCCGCUUAUCCUGCCGCGACGCCGGCAGCACCUGGAGUAUAUGCUCUGCCUCAGUAUCAGCAGGUGAGACGUCUCGCAUUUUAUUUCUCUAUUCUGCUCUUGGUGUUUCAGUUGUCAUUGUGCUACGUGAAUGACUAAGUGAAAGAGAUCAAAAGGUCCUUUCACGGAGAAAUUGAACUUAUUGUCUUCAGUUACAUCGUAGAAAUUAUAAUUUGAAGAGACACUUAGAUUUUAGGACAUAUUUCUGAUAUAGAAGCUUUAGGAGGGAUUCAUUGAUCAAGAUAACGAGAGUCGUCCUCCUGGUACCGGUGAUACGAUAAAUAGAUGCGCUUCUUCGGGUUAUCUAAUUACCAUGAUGAACAACUUUGAUUUUCUUUUUCCUAAAAAAUUGAUCGGUCACUGUGAUGGCAUCAUGCAACACAUCUCUCAGUGAAUUGUAUGAAAAUUUCUAUUCAGUGAGUGUUCUGCUUUGCGUGCACACUUAUUGCUAAUUCUUCAGACAUUUGUAAGAUUUCUGUUGGCGUAGAUGGCCAAAAAUUCGGUGUUGUCUAUUCACCAUCGAUAGUUCUUAAUUCAAGAACAUCAUUAACCCUACUUAUUCGAUACAGAAGUUCCCUUGUAGAAGGCAAGGACAAUCCAAAAUUGAGCUUCAACAACAAGUAUUACAGAGGUUUGUGCUGAAGCAUCGCCACAUUCAUCUGGUGAAAAUGAAAUCAAUUGAAAACUCCAUGUAAGUUACCAUCAGUACGUUGCUGAUUAAAAUCAAGUGGUAGUUCGAUUUCCUUUUAAGAGUUCAUGUGCAAAAAAGAGUCUGUUGGUUGGGAAUAAUGUGUUUACAGUUCAUUGGUCCUUUGGAAACAAUCGCAGUGUAUAAGAUGGCAGAGAUUUUUGUUGAAUGAGAGCUUGAGAAAGAGAUCUUGGACAGUGGAUUGGAAGGAACUGCUUUUGUCAUUUAUUUCAGAUGCAGACCAACUUAGCCUGGUCGAUUGGUUGUGCUGCGCAAAAUAAUCUUCUUCCCAAUUUGGGACUAAUUAUGAAAUAGCAAGCCUAGGUCACUCAUUUCUGACAUGAAAGAUUUUAAAUUUUAAUGCGUUCCCAAGAGCUCUUUUUAUAUAAAAGAGUGCGGACAGCCGCAAUAUUAGUCCAUUUUCCUUUGAAGAUAUAUCUUUAGCUUUUCUUUUUGUUUUCUACUAGUCGAGCAGUUGAGGAGUCCAACCCAUUUGUGUGAGCCCGGCUUGUGACUGAAUAAAUUAUCUUGUAGCUGCUCGAACGGGAUGUCACAAUAUUGGUGAGGAGUAUAUAGUUUUACCUUACAAUUUUAUAAAGUAGGAUCGCUGGAAGCUCGCAAAUGUUUGAUUUUAAGACUGUAAUUACAAUUAUUUCGGUUGGGAGCACGUGUAAGUGAACCUCCAUUGUGAUUUCCUCUGGAGUCAUGUUAUUCUGUCUAGUAAAUAUAAACCUGCAAACCCUAUGUUCUGCUUGCACUUCUUCUGGCUAUUUCUAGGCUCAAGAGUAUCACGAUUGAGCUCACAAGUUGCCACCGCGUCUCAUGGUUUUCUGUAUGCGUCCAUUAUUAGCUCCGAGUUUGUGAUUUGUGUAGUGGUUCAUCCUUCAAGAAGGUAAAACUUUCUUAAACAGUUGGCCAUUUGAUCCAACAGGCACAACAGUUGUUUCAACGGGAUGCGCAGACCAUCACACCAGAAGCUCUUGAGAGCGUGAAAGCGGCUUUGGCAAGCAGUGAGGUUGACCACAAGACUGAAACGAAGAAGAAGGCCAUACCUCGCAAAGCAGCCGGUCAAACUUGGGAUGACCCGACAUUAACAGAGUGGCCAGAGAGUACGUCCUCCAAGGGAUUUUAAUCCCCUCAACUUUCCUUAAUUUCUGUGAAAUAGACGAGCUCACUUUCUUGUCACACCUUCCUGCUCAACGCAGAUGACUUCCGUUUAUUCUGUGGGGAUCUCGGCAACGAAGUCAACGACGACGUCCUCUCAAAGGCAUUCUCGAGAUUCCCCUCUUUCAAUAUGGCAAAGGUUAGCUCCUUCUUCCUCUCACGCUUCUUCUUCUUCUUCCCUCAUGUGAUGAAAGAAAUCGGGCAGGAAACCUGACGAUCUACGUCCCGAUGGGUUUCCUGUGAUCCGCGAUCCCUUCUUUCACUGUUAUCAGUACAUUUUCUGUUCUCCUCCCUGGAGCAGCAGAGCUUCAAACCCUGCGUUGACCUUCUCCUUACUCCAGGUGGUCAGAGACAAGAGGACCGGCAAAACCCGGGGCUAUGGAUUUGUCAGCUUCGGCAACCCGGCCGACCUCGCAGCAGCGCUAAAAGAAAUGAACGGUAUGCAUAUAUGUCUCCUGGAGGGUUCCACGAUGUUCCAGCAGAGCGAAUUGGUCGCCGAUGAACUGAUCCACUGUCCAUUGGCCGUCGAUCUAUUUCAGGCAAGUAUGUGGGUAAUCGCCCGAUUAAGCUCCGGAAGAGCACCUGGAAGGAAAGGACGGAUGUUGAAGCCCUGGAGAGGCAGAAGGUAACCCAGAUUCUCCUUCUUCCUAAAACAUGCUUCUUUUCGGCAUGUUACUAGGCGUUGACUAGUUAUUUUCAUACCCAUUUCGGAAUAGAACUCGCUUCUUUUUAGGGUAUGAUUUACCCUAAACCGGUAAAUCUUAAUCUUAAUGCUUCUUUGUACCAGUAUGAUAACCCCAUCAGUCUUAACACCCCGUGAAGGCACCCAAGAUUUUUCUUCCUAGAAUUUCCUUCUUUCUUUUUUUUUUUAGCUAAUCACUCGGAGGCGAUCGAGAUUUUUCAACCAAAAAAAAAAAAAAAAGCUGCUUUCUAGCUAGCUUAUUAUUCGCCAGUCGCCCAAUGAUGUUAAUAUUCUUCUUCUUCCCUUUGGUCAGUUAUCGGUACCUCGAUUUUUAUUUUUAUUUUUAUUUUUAUUUUUAUUUUUAUUUUUAUUUUUAUUUUUAUUUUUAUUUUGUUUUCCUUCGGAAGGCAUGCUUCUUUCUAGCACAUCAUCCAACAUUAGCCCGUCGAUUCUGACAUCCAUCGAAGUGUAAUCUAGGUUUUUUAUUUAUUUAUUUAUUUUAAUUUUUCAUCUGAAAAUAUGCUUCGUCAAUUUAUUCUUUAACAUCGGUCGCCUAUACUACCCCUCUUAGAACCACACCUAUAAGAAGCAGAAGCAGGCGAAGAGGGGGAUCCUGCACAAGUGA